AUGGGAAAGCCCCGCGUCAUCUACUGGUUCCGCACCGAUCUGCGGCUGCACGAUUCACCGGCUCUCAAGGCCGCCCUUGACCUCGAUCCUGCUGUGCUCUGGCCCAUCUUCACGUGGGAUCCUCACUAUGUCUAUCGAGCGCGUGGAGGUCUUAAUCGAUGGCAGUUUCUACUUGACUGCCAAAAUGACCUCUCCAAGUCCAUCACCAAGCUGAACCCCAAGUCGAAGCUCUUUGUCCUCAGAGAAGCUCCACAGACCCUCUUUCCAAAACUCUUCAAGGCCUGGAAUGUCACUCAUCUCGUCUUUGAGAAAGACACCGACAGCUAUGCCCGUGAACGGGACGAAGUUGUCACGCAGGCUGCCAAGGAGGCAGGCGUCGAGGUCAUUGUCCGCACGGGAAGAACACUCUGGGAUAGCGACCAGAUAGUCGAGAAGCACGGCGGUAAGCCCACAAUGUCAAUCACCCAGCUUCAGCAGGCUGGUGCCAGACUCGGCGAGGUUCGUAAGCCGAUAACUGCUCCAAAGCAUCUUCCAGAUCCUGGAGAGAUGCCAGUCGACUUUGAGCAAGAAGAGCCCGAAACAAAACCAGACUUCAACUCGGAGCAAAGAACAGAAAAGGACCAGGCAUAUAGCAAGAUAUCUGGUCCAAACGGAGACUUUGCUAUCGAGACCAUGGAAGAGCUGGGCUUUCCAUCGGCGACGACCCCCCACAGGGGAGGUGAAACUCUUGCUCUCGAGGCACUCGACAAGAUCAUUGCCGACAAGAAAUACACAGCCAAGUUUGAGAAGCCAAAGACAAGCCCGGCCCAGUUUGAGCCGCAGUCCACAACUCUUCUAUCGCCCUUCUUGCACUUUGGGGCACUUUCUGUGCGAGAAUUCUACUGGCGCGUCCGAGAAGUUAUUGAUGCUUACGGAAAGGGGGCUUCAUCACCUCCAGAGAGUCUCAUCGGCCAGCUUCUCUUUAGGGACAUGUACUUUGCAGCCCAGGCAGCCCUGGGGGAUGUCUUUAUGCAGACUGUCAAGAAUCCUUAUUGCCGCUUCAUCCCCUGGCAUCUUCCCUCCAAGAGGGAUCCGAAAACUGGUCUUGUCACUGGAGAGUACCACGUCGACUCUGAAGAGGCAGACAUCUGGUUCAAGAGGUGGAAGACGGGCAUGACGGGGUUCCCCUGGAUUGAUGCUCUCAUGAGGCAGCUGAAGGAAGAGGGUUGGAUCCAUCACCUUGGACGUCACGCCGUGGCGUGCUUCCUCACAAGAGGCGGAUGCUACAUUGACUGGGAGCGCGGAUGUGAGGUCUUUGAAGAGUGGUUGAUCGAUCACGAGCCUGCUUGCAACGCUGGGAACUGGCAGUGGCUUUCCUGCACAGCCUUCUUCUCACAAUACUUUCGUUGCUACAGUCCUGUCUCAUUCGGCCAGAAGUGGGAUAAGGAGGGCAACUUUAUCCGCCGCUACGUGCCAGAACUAAAGAACAUGGACGCCAAGUACAUAUACGAGCCGUGGAAGGCCCCUUUGCCUGAUCAGAAGAAGGCGGGCGUUCGUGUCAAGGGAGAUGGCCUGAACGAUGUCCAGGAGGGUACAUAUCCCAAGCCAAUGUUUGACUUUUCAAAGAGACGAGAUGCAUGCCUCGCCGCCAUGAAGACAGCGUACAAAGUUGGACUUCAUGGGAACGACGAAAAGGUUCUGGGUGGGACUUGGAGGGAGCUGUUCCCUUCCGGUGAUGGCGGAGAGAUCCAGGGUGAGAUCGAGAGCGACCAUGGAGAGCACGCUGAUCGGGGAGAUGAUGAAGGUGAUAGAGAACAGAAUGAAGCUCGGGAGGAAGGGGAGGGUACAGCUUCUGUUGAGAAUCAAGAUGGCGAGACUGUGGGUAAACGAAGUGGGAGGAGGCAUAGUACUGAGAAGGCUGCAAAGAAGCAAAAGACAUGA